AUGUCUCGACUCUCCGACUAUUGUCUUCUUGCCUUCGACGUCUACGGCACACUGGUGAACUGGGAAGGUGGCAUUCUAGCCGCCAUCCAGCCUAUCCUUACCCAACACAAUGUCUCCGUCUCCAAGGAGGACAUCCUCCAAACAUUCCAAGACCUAGAGCAUGAUCAACAAACCCAAACCCCAGAUCUGGUAUACUCGGACCUCCUCGCGACCAUCUAUCCACCUCUCCUACAGAAGCUAGGUCUACCCACUCCCACAGCCGAAGAAAGUAAAUCCUUCGGCGAAUCAGUAGGAAAUUGGCCCGCGUUCCCAGACACAGUGGAUGCAUUACGACGACUUUCAAAACACUACAAACUGGUGGUUCUAUCCAACGUGGACCGCGCGUCGUUCGCAAAGACCAACGCAGGCAGUUUGCAAGACGUGCCGUUCGAUCUGGUGCUCACGGCACAGGAUAUCGGGUCGUAUAAGCCGGAUCGACGCAAUUUCGAGUACAUGUUGCGGGCUGUGGAGGAGAAGUUCGGGGUGGAGAUCGGACAGGUGCUGCAGACGGCGCAGAGCCAGUUCCAUGAUCAUUAUCCUGCGAAGAAGGCGGGGAUCAAGUCGGUGUGGAUUGUGCGACCGGGGGCGAUCAUUGGGAGGGUGGAAGAGGAGGUGUACGAUUGGAAGUUUGACACGUUGGGGGAGAUGGCGGAUGCGUUGGAGAGGGAGCUGUAG